CGUGCACCCGUCGCUCUCAGGUGGCGCCAUUAGCCCGUGGUGAGCGGAGAGGGAGGCAGAACGGAGCGACGGCGCCGUCAGUAACUGAAGGUGAAUCCAGUGCAGUUUGAAAGAAGCCUCGCCGUCGGAGCCCCAGCUUCCGUCGGCCGCUGUCGGACGGCGCUGCGAGACCUGAAGCCUCCAGGAGCGCGACCAUGAUGGCGCUGCUCUGCCCGCUGCUGCUCUGCCUGCUGCUUCCCGCCAAAGGCCUGGAGAUAUUGGAUCCCGAGGAGGUGGAAUACAUCCACUCCCGCGCAGCGGCGCCGGUGGGGGGGGCCGUGACCCUGGACUGUGGCCCCACGCUGCCCAGCGUCUUCAUCUGGGGCUUCACCAGACCCGGAACCGCCGCCAGCACGGCGCUGGCCUACAACUACGGGCAGGGCCCGAAGCUGCAGCCGCAGGCCGGCGCGCUGGCCCGCAUGCAGGUGGCGGCGAACGCCUCGGCGCUGGUGCUGGAGGAGCUGCAGAGGAACGCCUCGGGCAUGUACACCUGCCAGGCCCUGUACGACUCGGACCAUGGGCCCCGCGUCACCUUCUACUUCACCCGCCUGGACGUGGAGGACGACUGAGCUCUGCGUUUGUCUGUUUGGACCCGUGCAGCUGCUUUGUGUGUCUGUCUGAAUUAUUUAUACCCAAACUCUACUUGUAGACACUGGACAGUUCAUUAGGAACAAGCUAAUGCUAAUUAAUGCAGCGGCCCCAUGCUGAGAGCAACAGAUAUUCUUUGCUACACACAUUUGGGACGAGAUGUUGUUUUGCUUUGUGACUCUGAGCUGCAGCACACACACACACGCACACACACACACACACACACACACACACACACUGAAACACUUUGAUCGCCUGCUCCAUUGUCUCCUUCGAUCUUUGUAUGAACCUACAGAGCGUGACGUGUGGACUUGGGUUGUGGUUUCCAUUUCAAACACUUCAACUCUUGUAUUGUGAUAAUUAUUCAAACCAUCUGGACUGUGGGUUCAUUAAACGUCUUGUUUUCUUAAAAGAUAUUGUUGUGCAGUGGUUCUGCUUUAUUCUAAUCACAGUCACGUUGUGAUUUUAUCUCUUUAAAAGCAUCAGACUGUGCUGAGAAUCCAAACACUGUCUUUUCCCAUUCGCGCUGCAUCAAGGAUCUGUCCGACACAUCGCUCCAGGCUGCGAACUCUCAUUCCUGAAUCAUUUCUGGGAUGAUUUUAGCGCCUUUGAACUGGCAGAUACCUUGAUACUGAACAAUAAAACGAAUGUUCUCUUAAAUAAUUCAUCCAUAUUAAAAUAAACAUUUCUUUGUGUCUAGAAAAAAAAAAACUAAAACUCACUUCACUGCUGAUUUAUUUUUUAGCAAGUUUGGCUCUUGGAGCUCUUUUCAGUCUGAAGCUUAGUUUA